UUUAGUCAAGGACAGUUUCGCUUGGCACGGAGGCACUAAACCGCUCCACAUCCACUCUGUCGGUGUGCGCUCGUUCUCUUGCCUAUACUGCCUACUACGGGAUACUUGUGAUUGGUUCACCCCCUCCUCUCCUCCCUCCCUCCCCUGUGAUUGUAUGUAAAUCCGGUCAGGACUGAGCCAGUAGGUGAGGUUGGGGCUGGUGGCUCCUACCUCAGUGGCGCACACGAGACCCGAAAGCGGCCGAGGUGAGAUCGCUGCGCCGUCGGAGCUGUCCACUCUGUCGUGGUGCUGAACUCUACACCCUCCUCUCGCCUUCUCCUUCCUCCGUCGGCUCUACUGUACUUGGUGUUAUUUUGGGAAAGGAUUAACAAUCUGCCCUUUGGCUGCUUAGAGGUGCAAACUUCUACGGAGCAUAGCUCUCUGCCCACAUCGGAAAUUACCCCCAGACCGUCCGUGGAUUUGACCCGACCUCGAGAUUAUCAUUAAUUGGUCCUUACUUUGUUGAGAAGUGUUGCUUAAAUCCGUUCACCGCAACUGUUGUUCGGAUUACCCUCCUGGAUGGUUAACGUCUGGAUUCACAGGAAAAGACCAAUGAAGACGACCAGAUGGUGGUCUGCUGCGAUUUUGCUGUUGGGGCUCGCUGCGCUUGGCACCAACGGGAGACCCAGCAAGGAGGGAUUUGGGUCACCGCCCUAUCGACCAGUCGUGAGAUUUCGACACAAGGAUGGCGUUCCAGAGAACCUGAGAAUAAAAGGCUUUAUGGGGCACAACAGCUAUCCGGGUCCAUGUGAACACAAGUACUGUGGCUUGGGACGCCAUUGUGUGGUCAAUCAUGAGACCGAACAAGGGGAGUGCAAGUGCUUGGAUCACUGCAAACCACACUACAAGCCGGUGUGCGGUUCAGAUGGGAAACUCUACCAGAACCAUUGUGAGCUCCACCGAACCUCGUGCAUCAGAGGACACAGGAUUACCAUCAUGCACAGUGAAGAGUGCUUCUACAAAGAUGAUAACUGUAGACUGAGCGACUACCGACGGCUGAAAAACAAGAUUCUGGAUUUGCAUGAGAAACGAUACAUGGGGACUGCCAGCCAUGGGAAACACAAGGACAGCAUGGUGGCCAAGAAGCAACUGGUUGAUGUCAUGUUCAAACGCUUUGAUACAGACAAUAACGGUCAAAUAGAUGCCAGCGAGCUCUCACAGGUCAUCAAGCAAGAAGGUCUAUCCAAGGACAUCUCUGAAUGCACAUUGUUUGACUUGCUGAAGUACAACGACGUGAACGAUGAUGAGCACCUUACGAAAGAGGAGUUCUACACAGCCUUUGAUGCGUACCUGCUCACCCUUCCAGAGGACCAGAAAGUCAGCGUGACAACAGUAACCGUGGGCCAGAGUGCUGUGUUGACUUGCGCCAUCACAGGUGAACGGAGACCUCCUAUAUUGUGGAAGAGAAACCAUCAGUAUCUGAACUCCUUGAACCUGGAAGACAUCAAUCAGAUCCCGUCUCAGGAUUUUGGGGAUGACGGUUCACUGUACUUCACCAAGGUCACCACUACCCACAUGGGCAACUACACCUGUUAUGCUGAUGGAUAUGAAAAACUGUUUCAGACCCACACUCUUCAAGUGAACGUUCCUCCUGUCAUCCGAGUUUAUCCAGAGAGCCAAGCCAGGGAGCCGGGUGUCACUGCCAGCCUCCGCUGCCAUGCAGAGGGCAUCCCCAGCCCCCAGCUGUCCUGGCUCAAGAAUGGCAUGGACAUCACAACCAAGCUGUCCAAACAGCUCACUCUGCAAGCUAAUGGAAGCGAGGUUCACAUCAGCAACGUACACUUUGAGGACACCGGCGCCUAUACCUGCAUCGCCAAAAAUGAGGCCGGCGUGGACGAGGACAUCUCUUCGCUCUUUGUUGAGGACUCUGCGCGCAAAACUUUGGCAAACAUUUUGUGGCGGGAAGAAGGUCUCGGCAUUGGCAACAUGUUCUAUGUGUUCUAUGAAGACGGGAUCAAAGUCAUUCAGCCGGUUGCAUGUGAGAUCCAACGGCAUAUUAAACCCAGUGAGAAGCUGCUGGCUCUGCAGGAGGAAGUGUGCCCCACCUCACCAGGAGAGGCGGUUCAGAGGUGUGUGUGGUCAUCAGCGGUCAACAUCAAGGACAAGUUUAUUUAUGUGACACAGCCAACCUUGGAUCGAGUGCUCAUAGUUGACAUCCAGUCUCAGAAGGCCGUCCAGACGGUCAGCACUGACCCAUAUCCAGUGAAGCUCCACUAUGACAAAUCUCAUGACCAGGUGUGGCUGCUCAGCUGGGGAGACAUGGAGAAGAACUUUCCUACCCUGCAGGUGAUCAAUCAGGCCAGCGGAAGAGUCUCCCACCACACCGUUCACACACAACCGGUCGGCAGGCGCUUCGACAGAGUGGACGAUUUCUUCAUUCCCGCCUCCAGCCUCAUCAUUAACCACAUCAGAUUUGGCCUCAUCCUUCAUCGAAAUGAGCCUGUCCUACACAAGAUUGACCUGGAGACGACUUCAUAUGUGAAAAACAUCAGUUUAUGGGAGUACAGCUGCAUCCCCAAGUCUGUAGCCUACACCCAUCUGGGUGGCUAUUACUUUGUUAACUGCAGGCCAGACUCUACCGGUGCCACGCAGCCUCAGCUCAUCUUAGACAGCGUGACAGACAGCGUAAUUGGUCAAAACCGUGACAUCACUGGCACUCCCUAUGUGUCUCCAGACGGCCACUACUUGGUCACUGUCGAUGACAGUGAUGGCUUGAUGAGAAUCCAGACGAUCUCAGAGCGAGGGCAAAUCCAGGAACCCUUCGAUAUCCACACCAACUUGCACCUAUCUGAUCUGGCCUUCCAGCGCUCCUUCACCGAAGUCCACCAGUAUAACGUUUUCGGCAGCUCCGGCCGUCAAACUGACGCUCUGUUUGUGGAGCUGAGCACCGGCAAAGUCAAGAUGAUCAAGAGCUUGAAGGAGCCGACCAAGUCCUUUGAGUGGCCGUGGAGCAGCAAGAACAGGAUCAUGGCGGGCAGCGGACUGUUCGGACAGUACCUCAUGACACCGUCCAGAGAGUCCCUCUUCAUCCUGGAUGGACGGCUCAACAAGCUCAACUGUGAGAUCACCGAUGUCCUCAAAGGCAACGUGGUGGUGUGGGUGGGAGAGUCUUAGGUCAUGACGAUGAGACCCAGUGAGCUUUUUCCUUUCAAAGGUACUAAUGCACUGAAUUCUGUUGCAGAUUCUUUAGUUUUGUGGGAGUCCGAUAAUGAAAACCACAGAUUCAGAAACCAAAUUGACUUCAUCACACGGAUGAGGGACUGUCAUCCGAAAAUGAAAAAAAUAAAAUAAAAUAAAAAAUGCUAAAAAAAAAGAACAAAUAUGUGAGGGCAUAAUUGAUUGAUAUUGUCUUGAAGCCAAGUUUGUUUGUUUUGUUUUCACCUGGUGGUUUGCCUCUACAUCAAAGUUGCUUGCUAGUAACAUUUUUUUCAGGAAAAUUGGUAUGAAAUUAUAAAUAUGUGCAACUUUGCAUUAUUAUUCGGUUGUAUUCAGUGUGUGGGAAUGCUGUAGAUAAUCUCUUAACAAAAACAAACUAAAGUGAAUCGGCAGAAACGCAUAUAUACAUAUAUAUUGUAUACACCCAGAUUAAAUCUUAUAAUUUCAAUUUUCCCAUUCCCAACUUUUUUCCUGUGCCUUCAAGGAAAAUUCCCCUCCAUCAGAGGAAUUAGCAUAAUUAUUCCCAGUGUGACUGCAGACUAACACCUCUUUCUUUGACCCAUUCAUUCAUGGUGAGUGUGAGUGGUUCCUCACAAAUCUACAGCUCUCGUCCAUCGAAUGCAGCCAAAUCUGUCUAAUUAAAACGAGCCCUUGCUGUGAUCCCAUCCUGUUUGAAGUGGAGACUGAGUGGUUCAUUAUGGUUGUGUGCUCUGUAACCUUUGAUCCGAAAUUAUAACCAGCUUUGGAAGGUUUUGAAUGAUAUAGUUUUUUUUUCCUCUUCUUUUCAUUUAUAGUCUAAAGCAGAAAAAUGAAAGUCAGUGGUGAUGUUAGGUAAAUAUUGCCAGCUUUACACAUUGUGAAAUUUAAAAUAUUUCAAAAAUGUUCCUUAGCUAAGAGUCAAUAGAGCACUCGUGUGUGAAGAAAAUUCUGUCAUAAUUUUAAUAUCCCUGGACCAAAUAAAAGAAAAGCAUCUUAGAGUGUAGCUGAAUGUGGAGCACAUGCGUAGUCUGCUCUGUUUGACAGCGUGUUUCAAGUGGAUGUUUUAAUGUGAAGUAAUGAUGAACUAGCACACUGGGGACUGGGGUAGAUGUGGUUGUGCCGUGUAGAGGGUCUUUGAGCAUGAGAAGCAGCUCUUUCUAGAUGCUCCUGCAGUAGUCAAUGAAACCGUUUCCUAGCUGGACACAUUUCUAUGCAUAUUCACCCUAGCACUCUAUGACUCUGAAUCACAAUGGGCAACUGUAUCUCAAAUUUAGUAUGAACUUUUGAUGUGUACAGAUUAUAUAUAGUCAUUCUGUCUUUCCAGUUAAAGCGUAUAUACUUUGAUUUAAAUUUUCCUGUUUUAAACCCCGACUCUGCUGAUGACGACCUCUGACCUUUCUCUCUGUUAAUGUCUGUUAAUGUCCUGUACAUAGCGGCUGGCUGUGAGUCCAUUAGUUUCUCAUCAGUGUACAGAUUCUGCCAGGUUCUGUUCAUUUCAGAAAAUCAACACACUCCUUUUUAAGAAUGAAAAACAAAACACACAGCUAUCAUUAUGGACAUCCUGUUCCCAAGCAGCACAUUGUGAUCACAAACACUGAUUCCACUUCCCUAUAGCCAUGUCUCGUAUGUUCUUUCAUGUGAUUGUUAUUUAUAUAGAGAAAACACGCUUGUCAUUUUACCCAACAAUAAAAAAUAUAUCAUGAA